AUGCGCGUGGGAGCCCAGCCACCCAGGGCUCCGGGCUCGGCCUUCCUGCUCCUGGGGCUCGCGCUGGGCGCUGCGGCCCAGCUCAACUGUGUUGGGGACACCUACCCCAGUGGCAGCAGGUGCUGUAAGGAGUGCCAGCCAGGUUAUGGGAUGGAGAGCCGUUGCAACCACGCCCGGGACACGGUGUGCCGUCCGUGUGAGCCCGGCUUCUACAACGAGGCAGUCAACUACGAGGCCUGCAAGCCCUGCACACAGUGCAACCAGAGAAGUGGGAGCGAGCCCAAGCAGAGAUGCACACCCACGAGAGACACGGUCUGCGGCUGCAGGCCGGGCACCCAGCCCCAGGACGGCUAUGGCUACAAGCGUGGAGUUGACUGUGCCCCGUGCCCACCAGGACACUUCUCCCCGGGCAACGACCAGGCCUGCCAGCCCUGGACCAACUGCACCUCAUUAGGAAAGCGAACGCUGCAGGCGGCCAGCAACAGCUCGGACGCUGUCUGUGAGGACAGGAGCCCCCGACUCACACCCGCCUGGGAGACCCAGGGCCCCGCAGCCCGGUCCACCCCUGCUCAGCUCACCACUACCUGGCCGAGGGCCUCACAGGGGCCCUCCACGCCCCACGCAGAGCCCCCCAAGGGCCCUGAGCUGGCCGCUGUCCUGGGCCUGGGCCUGGGCCUGGGCCUGCUUGGCCCCGUGGCUGCCGCGCUGGCCUUGCUCCUGCACCACAGGGCCUGGAGGCCGACGCCCAACGCCCCCAAGCCCCCCGGGGCAAACAGCUUCCGGACCCCCAUCCAAGAGGAGCAUGCCGAUGCCAACUCCAGCCUGGCCAAGAUCUGAGCAACGUCCACUGGCGUAGAAGCCGGCACCCCUCCGCAGGCCGGGGCCCCCAGACGCAGGCCGUCCCACCCGUCACCCCCGGACCCUGGCGCCCUGUCCCCCCGCCCUGUGCCGUUUUAGGCGCUCCUGGGCGGCACCCUGGGCCCUGCUAUGUAUGCUGU